GGAGUGGGGGAGAAGGUUCAGACGUUGCAGGACCGAGGGUUGGGGAGCGUUUCUCUCGACUCGCACGCUCACGAGCAGGAAGGAUCUCGCUGAGCCCUGUGCUUGUGUCCCCGGUGCAGACGAGCAGCGAGAUCGUGCGCACCAUGCUGAGGAUGAGCGAAGUGACCACCACGCCCAGAGCAGCACACACGCAGCCACUGUCAUCCAACGAGAUUUUCCGCGCAUUGCCAGCCGGCUACAACAUCUCCAAGCCGGUUUUGGAUCAGUACCUGUCCCUGCUGGCCGAUGACCCGAUGGAGUUUGUCGGGAAGUCUGGAGACAGCGGGGGAGGCGUGUUCGUCAUCAAUCUGCACAAGGCCCUCGCCUGUCUGGCCAAGGCAGCGCUGGAGUCGGUGGUGCAGGAGAGGUUUGGCUCCCGCUCGGCUCGAAUCUUUCGGCUGCUCCUGAGGAAGAGGCACUUGGAGCAGAAGCAGGUUGAGGAUUUCGCCAUGAUCCCAGCGAAGGAGGCGAAAGACAUGCUGUACACCCUGCUGUCUGAGAGCCUGGUCUCAUUACAGGAAAUCCCCAAGACCCCGGACCACGCCCCCUCCAGAACCUUCUACCUGUACACUGUGAACCCCCUCGCAACCGCCAGAAUGCUGCUGCAGCGCUGCUACAAGACGGUGUUCAAUCUGAUUAAGAGACGUCAUUACGAGACAAAAGAGAACAAGCGUCUCCUGGAGAAGUCCCAGAGGAUCGAAGCCAUCAUUGCCUCCAUGCAGGUGACAGGAGCGGAGGAGGCUCAGCUAGCAGAGAUAGAGGAGUUGAUCACAGCACCUGAGAGACAGCAGCUUCAGAAACUGAAGCACGACGUCAACAAACUCGACUGCAGCGAGAACCAGGUGGACGAGACCAUCUUCCUGCUGGAGUCCUACAUCACCUCCACCCAGUCCACUCACUGACUGGGAGAGAGACCCACAUCACCUCCACCCAGCCCCCUCGCUGACCGGGAGAGAGACCCACAUCACCUCCACCCAGCCCCCUCGCUGACUGGGAGAGAGACCCACAUCACCUCCACCCAGCCCCCUCGCUGACUGGGAGAGAGA